AUGAAGACGUCGGACCUCAUUACUGCUCUUGCCCUUGGCGUAGUUGCCUACGGGUUACCUGUUGCCGACGAUCCUGCCAACAAAGAGCUCUUGUCAGCAGGCCCGGACACUUGGACCCCCGCGCCGGCUGAUUCGGUCAGUCUUGGGAACCUUGCUUCCAUCGACUUGUCCAACAUCCAGCCCGCAGCAGACAACGUCAAUGUCGAGGAACGCGGCCUCGCCCCCGCUACGAUCGCCGGUCCGACUUUCCAUCCCGCCUGGCUCCCUCGAGUCCGUCCUGCCGCCCAGGCCAUCACGAUCGCGGGCCACGCGCUUCUCAUGACAGCCUGGGUCGAUGCCCAGAACCGCAUCUGCAUCAUUCUUGAUGCAGCUUUCCCAGGUCUUCAUGGAACCAUCAUCGCAGGUGUGCAGAAUCUGCACAACAACCUGGCUGUUCUUCCUCACGUCUUUGAGCUGGGGAAGACCUACGUCGCCCCGGACAACCAGGCAGAGAUCCAGCCUGGCGACACUUGGCGUUGGUUCUGGUUCAAAUGA